AAUGCACGCCCUUAAACUUGGCCUCAUCCAUUCCUCUUCCUCUCAUUUACAUAUCUCUCUUUAUCUCUCUCUCUCUCUCAAAACCAAACAAGAAUGGCAACAAACGGAAACGGAAACGGAAACGGAGAAACCAACUCUAAAGCCAGUAUCAAACCCUCUGUCUACCUCGACGACAUGGAAGAACUCAAGCGAGUCUUCACCCGCUUCGACACCAACGGCGACGGCAAGAUCUCCGUCAACGAGCUCGACAACGUCCUCCGUUCCCUCGGAUCCGGCGUUCCACCGGAGGAGCUCAAGCGCGUCAUGGUGGACCUCGACGGCGACCACGACGGCUUCAUCAAUCUCUCCGAGUUCGCCGCCUUCUGCCGCUCCGACACCGCGGACGGUGGUGCCUCCGAGCUCCACGACGCCUUCGAGCUCUACGACCAGGACAAGAACGGCCUCAUCUCCGCUGCGGAGCUCUGCAAGGUGCUGAACCGCCUCGGAAUGAACUGCUCGGAGGAGGAAUGCCACAAGAUGAUCAAAUCCGUGGACUCCGACGGCGAUGGAAACGUCAACUUUGAGGAGUUUAAGAAGAUGAUGACCAACAAUCAUGCCAAAUAGGCAUUUUAGAUUUGCAAUUAAUUAUUUAAUUUACAAGCUAGCUAGCUAGCUAGGUUCCAGUUCCACCAUCUCUCUCUCUCUCUCUAACUAACUAACAGAUCUGCAACCGCCUGUGGUUUUGGCUCGAUCUCUGUUAUUAGUUUUCUUUCUCCUCCUUUAAUUUCCUUCCAAUAUUAAUAUUAAUAUUAAUAUAAAUAUAAUUAAUUACGGUUUCAA